UGCACCAGAAUCUUAAGAGUACGAAAAUUAGGAGAGAAGUUCUGUCAUUGCUUGUACAUCUAGCAUAAGUCGCUGGACGAUGGUUUUCAACGUCAAAAAUGCUUUGUGAUGGACAUGAUAGUUAAGGAUUCACCAGUGCUUUCAUUCACGUCCACAGAGAUAAAUAAAAAUGUAAUGUAAAUCUCUCUGUUUACCCGCGGCAAUUAACUCCUUCUAUUUUCUUUGGAGAAGAACACUUGAAAAAUUUUAUAUCAGAGAAUGGCAAUUCGUAUUACGUUAGAAUGCGGGCACUCAUCCAUGUUACGUAUACGUACCACCCCACAGGGUUACACUCAUGAUUGGGAAGUAUUUGUGAGGGGUGUUGAUAAUGCUGACAUACAUCAUUAUGUUGAGAAAGUGGUUUUUCAACUACAUGAAACAUUUUCAAAACCAAAGAGAGUAUUGAAGGAACCACCAUUCGAGAUAAAAGAAUCUGGUUAUGCUGGCUUCGAAAUUCCCAUUCAUAUCUACUUAAAAAACAAAGAUGAGGGAACCAAAAAGAUUGAACUUUUGUAUGAUCUUCAUUUACAAGGCAGUGGUCCAGCUAUUACAAAUGUGAUGCGGCACACUGAAAUAAUUAACACCUCCUCGGAUGAAUUUAAAAGGAAAUUGUUGAGGGGUGGUGGUGUUAUUGUGUCCAGUAUCGAAAAUUCAGCUGAGAAAAGUGAAAGCAAGACUCCAACUAUGGUCGGGAAACCAAAGUUAAGCGGCAGCGAGACCAAAAAACACAAGACUGUGGAGUCGAAGACAUCGAAUUCUUUCGCUGAACUGUUUGGAACACCCCUGAAACCGACGAAAGUCUCACAGGACACGAAAAAGUCGGUGCAGUCGGAAAAAUCGUCCGCUCCCAAACCCGUAGUUACCACGGAGAAGUCCGAGAAAGUAGACAAACCGUUGAAACUCAAAGAUAGCCCCCACAAAGACAGUAAGAAAGAGAAGAUAGACGAUAAAAAGGAGAAGAAAAUCAAAGACCAGUCCAAGGACAAGAAUCGAAGCAAGGAGAAAUCAAAAAGGCCUUCUAGUCCAAGCAAUAAAAGUCAUUCGAGUCCUUCUAACAAACGACCUCCGUCCCCAGUUUCUUUGAAAAGACCACCUAGUCCCACACCUCUUCCACCCGCGAAAAGACCAGUGUCCCCAAAAUCCAAGGAAAAGGAACCGAAGAAAGUAGUCUCCGAGAAAGAUAAGGAAAAGAGCAAGGAGAAAGAUAAAAAGAAGGACAGCUCGAAGAGAGAUUCUUCCAAGAACGAGAAGAAAAAGGAUAAAAAGAAGCACAAGGAAGACAGGGAUAAAGAACGAAAAGACAAACACAAAGAGGGUGAACGAUCGUCCGCCUCAAAAGAUGUUCUGAAAGUGACUGAAAAGAAGACCGACAAGCCGGAGAAGUCCGAGAAGCCUGAGAAAGAAAAGAGUCAAGAGUACAAAUCGACGAAAGACGGUAGGAAAUCGCCGAAGCCACCGAAGGAGCCUGAGAAACCAAAGGAUGAAAAGCUAUCGAAGAUCGAGAAAUCAGAGAAGCCCGAGAAGUCCGAUAAGCCAAAAGAUGGCAAGAGCGAGAAAGACAGGCAGAAGCACAAGCACAGGAAGAGGGAGAAGAAGGACAAGCGCGACAGUAGUAAAGAACGUGACAAGAAAGAGAAACGUGACAGGAUAAAGUCAUCAUCGGAAAAACAGAACAGUGUGCCUAAUGUGCCGGUUGCGAAUCCACUGUCAACACUUCUGUCCGAAUUACCCGAACGGGAUAGUAGUGAUUCCGCGCCGUCCGUGGACGAUGAUUCCUUCUCCGAACCGAAACUAGUGCCUGCCGUUAAAAAAGAGGUGGAGACCGUGACGGUGUCCACGCCACCCACAGAAAUGGCGAAGCCUCCUUCGCCUGGGAUACCGAUGGAAAUCAAGAAGGAGAAGGUCGAUCGUAUCAAGAGAGAGAAACCGAAAGGUAACAAGGGGGAGGAAAAGGAAAUCCGCAAGAGGAAACGAAGGAGCGAGAGCAAAGGGGACGACGAACACGUGGUGAAACGGGAGAAGGACAGCAGAGGUCAUUCCACGUCACCGCCAUUGGAGCCAGUGUCCUCGAGUCAGUCGCCAGUAGCGGUCGAUCAGGAGCAGGCGUUGCUCGUCAAGAAGGAAGAUCGAGGAUCCACAGAACCGGUGGUCGAGAAAGCAGAAGUCGAGGCGGAACAAGUGGCCCCAGACUCGACGAACAGCACCCUGGUCGAGUCGGACAUGGGAGAGCCGCCAGUGUUCUCGGAGGAUUAUGUGUCACAGUUGAAAGACUUGCAGCAAAAGAUAAUGACACUGCAGGACAACCAAGAGCUGCAGAGAGUUGUUCAGGUAAUCGCGGAGACCGGUCAGUACGAGAUCACGAAGAAGACGUUCGACUUCGACCUGUGCGCAUUGGAUCGUAGAACGGUGCAACGUCUGCAACAGUUCUUCGCGUCGUGA